GAUUUGAACCCAGGGCUCCCUGUGGUUAGCCUUUCCGGAGUUUGACCCGAAGAAACCAGUGGUGUCCUAUGGCCAGGGAGUUUGGCGCUAAUUGUAUUCUCCGUAUCUUCACAAGGAGCAAACUCGGCCUCGAAAAUCCAUGGUUUUUGACAACAGCUGCCAGAACCUUCAGCCACAUCGGCCAGAGAAUUAGGGGACUUGUUGUCUUCCAGUCGAAACGAACUUUUCUGAGCUCUAAACAAAGCCUUGAAGAAGAGAAUACUGUAAAGUUCCAUUCCUACUUCCUCCAGGUUUGAUUUCUAGAGCCUGGGGACCAGAUCCGGUAGCUUCCAGCCAAGCGCUUCUUUCUGUACAGCACUUCUUUCUAAGUUGGUACGAGCUCCCAGAAUAGCCGGGCGAUGAUGGCCGCAGUGGCUGAAGAGGGAUGUGAAACCCAGCUGUGCAGCAACUGCAAAAAGGAGAUCCCCGUGGCAAACUUCACCAUCCACGAGAUCCACUGCAGCCGAAACAUCGGGGUGUGUCCCGUCUGCAAGGAGUCGUUCCCCAAAUCGGAAAUGAGAAACCACCGAGAGCAGGAGCACACGCCGGUAUUCUGCAAAUGCGGCAUGAAGAUGGACAAGGGGUGCCUGCAGGAACAUGAGGCUGCGGAGUGCCCCCUGCGGUCGGUGGCCUGCCAGCACUGCGACAUCGAGCUGGCCUUCAACAAGCUCCAGGAUCACGAGGACUACUGCGGCUCUCGGACGGAGCGGUGCCCCCGGUGCAGCCACCACGUGCUGGUGCGAGACCUGAAGACGCACCCCGAGGACUGCGGGGAAAAGGCCGAGGAAGCGAGGGUGGCCGAGACCAAGCCCCGUUUGAACUCGGAGGUGGACCUGCAGAACAUUGAGACCAUCAGACGCUUCCUCCAUCCAGAGGACCCCGUGGGGUUCCUGCCAAAGAGGAACCCGUUUCCAGAGGGCAGGCUGUACAACUGUCUCGCGGGGGACCGGCUGCCCAGGGAGUUCAGCCGGAGGAACAUCGUUCCGUCUUGGCCCGAUCGGAAUCGAGCCCCGCUGGAAAAGACGGCCGCUCCCUCGCCCUUUGGGGGCGAUCUGGAUUGCCACCUGGAUUACCUGUUGGCCCUCAGCUUGCAGCAGGAGAGCCGCUCCCGGGAGGAGCGUGCAGCAGAGGCCUCGGGGGACUUCUGGAAGAGCCUCUACCCCACAGAGACAAGAACCUCCUCCGACCGCUGUGUGGAGGCCGACGACGCGAGUGUCUUCUCCCGGGAUGUGCUGCCGUCGGGCGCUCCCCCCAAGCCCACACAUGAGACUCGGUUGCCGUGUGAAUUCUGUGAGGAGCUGUACUCGGAGGAAGAUCUGAUCCUUCACCAGACGGGCUGCAACCCCAGCAGCGCUUUGGCUUCCUUCAGCAAACGGGGCUCCGUGACCUCCCAGUCGGAGCGGUUCCGGGACCUGUGGGAGCAAUUCCAGAGCGGGCGGCCCUCGGGCGCCAUGGAGGCGUUCCCCCUCCGGGCCGAGGCCCCUGACAGUCUCAUGCUCCCUUGCGAAUUCUGCGGCGUCCAGCUGGAAGAGGAGAUCCUUUUCCACCACCAGGACCAGUGCGACUUGCGCCCGGCCACCGCCCCCUCGAGGGGAAGGGAUCUGCCGCAGCCAGGGACCCCGCGCCCGGCGGAGAAUCCAGAGAAGACCGACUCGACCGACCUGCCCCAAAGACGCCGCCGGCAUCAAGGGGAAAUCUCCCCUCAGUACCUGGAGGAGUUCAGGCGGCCGAAGCCCCCACCGCCGGCCGAAGGCAGCCCCCCCCGGGUGGGCAGUUUGGGGGCCGCCCGGGUCACGCAGCCAGCCUCCCUCGGCGGUGACAGUCGGAGAGAGAACAACGCGGGGCCCUCUGUGGCGGGGAAGGCGAAGAACCUGGGGGCACGGAUCCCGAGUCGGGGCCCGAGGGGACCACCCCCCGUCGCUGCCGCCCCCCGACGCUCUUCCCAGCCCGGCUAUCGGCCAAGCUUCCCGGGGACUGCUCCCCUUCGGCCUGGCCCGAGGUCGGAACGAAGCCACAGCCCUGCCAGAGCCGCCCGUCACAACCUUGCCAAGGCUAAACCUUGGGUGGCCGAAGCGGACUCUCCCGACGACGAGUAAAGAAGGGGAAGGGCCUUCCGAGGCCGGACGGGCGCCCUCCAUUUCCCCCAAGCCCACGGCCAUACACGGUGUGCCUCCUUUCCACCUGACCACGGCGGUCCCACGGGUCACAGCUGCAGGCCAGAGAGGCAGCGGGGCCUUUGGUGGGGCCACUUUUCUGGACGCACAGCGUCGUCUUGCUCUGGGGACGGAGGCGUUGAGGUGGGUGGGGACGCGGCUCUCCGCCCUCCUGGCCAGCUGCACGUAGGCCAGGUUUGAGCUCUUUUCGAUGUUCUGCUUUGCGUGCUGGGCCUUGGCGUCUUCUGGAUCGAGGCCAUGUGGGCGCGCCCAACCCUGGCGACGCCUGAAGAGCCAGCAGCGUUGGCUAAGACAGCCGUGUGAGGGUGACGCACGCCAGCUUCUCGGAUGGCGGGGAUCCUCCGCCUGCCCAGGGCCGGGCUUCUCUCUGUCUGUCUCUCUCUCUCUCUGGGCUUCCUCUCUGCGCAAACUCUUCUGUGCUAAAGACUGUUUUAAAUUUCUUGUAAUAAACUUUGUAUUUUCUGGUCAGCUA